AUGUCGUUCAAUAUCAGGAUUGAUCAUAGGAGUCCACACGAUUCAGAUGACUCUUCCUUAUCCGAUGAAGAGGACUCGUCUGGUGUGCAGGUCUCCCCGCCCUCUGAUUCCGGAAGCCAUGAGUACUAUGACGAGUGGGCGCAUUUAUCAUAUCCCGACGAGUUGAAACCAUCUGAUUCCGCUUCUCGACCACGGACGUCUCAUCGCAGCCGCCACGCGAUCCAUGGAUCACGCUCGGUCUCGGGGCCCCGCCACUCAUCACGACGCCAAAUAGUACAAGAGCGAGGAUCGCUCUCUCGAUCGCGCCGCCACCAUUCUCCAGAGUCACCAGAUAGUGCCGAUUCCGCAGAUGAAUACGCAGGUUAUGCGCAAGCUCCUCACGACAGGGGACUCUGGCAAAACACCGCUCCUAGACAUACAUCCAACUAUGCCCACAGCUCUUCUUCCGGUCCAUCCUACAAUGUUUACGCCCAUGGUCAACCUCCCCAUUAUGGAGGACAGCCAAACGCUCCUCCCCAUGCUGUAUCUGACCAGCUGAUAAGGAUUGGCCAUCCUGCUCAGUUUAACCACCCGUCGUACGCACAUCCUCAUCAUCCCUACGGCACCCAGUUUCAACACCAUCAUGGUACGGCUUCGUCUCCUUAUUAUUUCCCGGAACACCACCCAGGACAACAUGCGCAUCAGUCGCAAACUGUACCCCACAUGCGAGGCGAUGGACAGGCUGGGAUGCAGCAACCACAGCAUGCGUUACCCCCUGGGUAUGGAGGCCCACCUUUGGGUAUGCAUGAAAUGAUCCCUUACGGAGCAGGGAAUUAUUACCACCCAAGAGAGCCAUUUGCUAUGGUUCCUGGCAUGAUGCCUGGGUACUAUCCAUACCCACGUGUGCCAUCUCCACAGCAAUCCGAACCAACUCCACCCGCAGCCCCUCUGGAGCCAGCCCCAGCUCCCGCUCCGGCUCCAACACCAGCAGAGACUGCCGCUGAUGACGCUAUUGCAAAGUUAGAGAAGCUGAUCAUGGAGGAGCGAGCAGAGCGGGAAGCGAAGGAGGCGCGCGAAGCUGCGCGCCAAGCUGCGGCUGAAAAAGCGGCUGCGGAGAAAGCUGCCCAGCUAGAACGUGCUGCAUAUGAGAAGAAGAUCGUUGAAGAAGCAGCUGCUGCUGCCCGAGCAGAAGCAGAACAGAAGGCCGCUGAAGCAGCUGCUCAAGCAAAAAAGGAGGCCGAGGAAGCAGCCGCUCAGGCAGAACAGAAGGCCGCUGAAGCAGCUGCUCAAGCAAAAAAGGAGGCCGAGGAAGCAGCCGCUCAAGCAAAGAAGGAAGCUGAUGAAGCAGCCGCUCAAGCAAAGAAGGAGGCCGAUGAUGCAGCCGCGGCAGCCGCAGCAGCAGCCGCAGCCGCGGCUACUGAGGAAGCAAAUGCAAAAGCAGCUGAAGCCCUUGCAGCAGCAAAAGCAGCAGCAAUUCCCCCACCCCCUGAGAAAAAGAAGCCCAUAAAGUUCAAGGAUGCCGUCGGGAGGAAAUUCAGCUUUCCAUUCGAUUUGUGUUGUACUUGGAAGGGUAUGGAAGAAUUGAUUCGUCAAGCAUUCCUUCAUGUAGAGGUCAUCGGCCCACAUGUUGCUGAAGGGCAUUACGACUUGAUCGGCCCGAACGGAGAUAUCAUUCUUCCUCAAGUUUGGGAGACUGUUGUCGAACCGGACUGGACUAUUACUAUGCAUAUGUGGCCAAUCCCUGAGAAGCCUAAAGAACCUGAGCCUGCCCCGCCUCCUCCAGCACCAGAGGCGCCUCCUGAAGAUGCCAUUGUUGCUGUCAUCGAGGAGCCCAAGAAGAACCCCACAGGCAAAAAAGGGCAAAAGAAGACACCGGAAGCUCCCGGUGCGUUCGCCAUGUGGAUGGUUGGUGGCCGAGGAUUGAGAGUGAAUAAGGCCGUGAAAGCACAGAAAAAGCCCUGA